AUGAGUGGAGCCGUCAUGUUUAACGCAUGGGUGUCAUUGUGCAUACAGCGUGGCUUAGACAUUGUGGACGUGUCAUGUGCUCAAAAUCACUCAAUUGCGUUGAGUGCUUGUGGUUCAGUUUUUACUUGGGGGCACAAUGUGCCAGCGCUCUCGCACCAACCUAACCGCACCCACCGUGAUUGGCAUACGAGCUCACCAGGAAAUAGUGUAGCGGCACCUCCGUCGCCGAGUGCACCGCAGGCAGCGGUUUUAAGCAGAUAUGGUCCUGUGAAGAUUGUUUGCGCUUUUGAGGAUUAUUGUGCUGUCGCCACCCAUCAAGGCGAUCUUGUGACGUGGGGCUGCGGCCAACAGGGUGUGCUGGGUCACGGGCGUGGUAACACGUGGCAACCAAGUCCCAAACGCGUUGUUGGUGUGAAGAAAGCUAUAUCGGUGGCAUCUGGUCAUCAUCACACGGCAGUGUUGUUGGCACCCUUGUGCCCAGACUUCGGCGCCACGGCAGAAGUUGCUGUGCGAGAUGUAGUGCCCUCAUUGCUAGAGCUUGUGGAGCAAAAGAUUACUGCUUAUAUAACUGUCAAUAACUGUGCUUUGGUGUGGCGAUAUGCUAAGUUCUACGCUGCGCUUCGAUUGCAAAGUUACUGCCUGGAAUAUAUGCAAAAUAAUUGGGACGCUAUACUAGAUGCAGUAGGGUGGGAACGAAUGGAGACGCUCUUUGAUCUCAUGCUUCCACCAAUGGAGGAAUAG